CCAAAUUGAAAGAAAUCAAAUGGACAAACAUGAAAAAUUAGAAGAAAGUUCAAAUCCUAAUUUAGCAACUUCAUGUGCUAGUAUGUCUUUUAACUCUAAACAGGAGCUCUAUGGUUUUUUAAAAAAUUAUGCUAAACAAAGAGGAUUUGGAAUAAGCAAGAAAAGUGUGAAAAAGGAAGAUGAUGGCCAAAAAAGAUAUUAUUCACUUACCUGUAAUAAAUAUGGUAAGAGGAGAACAGUUGCAACAAGCUGCAUUUUCAAUUCUAGACCAUCCAUUAAGACUGGAUGCAAGGCUAAGAUUAAUGUGAGGGUCAAUAAUGAAGGAACUUUCACUAUCUUUGGAGUUAGCUUGGAGCAUAACUAUGCACUUAGCCCAAAUAAAUCGAGGUUCUUUAGAUGCAAUAAGGCAAUGGACUCACAUGUGAAGAAAAGGCUUGAAGUGAAUGAUGAAGUUGGAAUUUCAUUAAGCCGAUUCAACAAGCCUAAGAAAACCCAGAUCUGGGUUUGCAAGUCCCUCAAGGUCCUCAUUCCCCGACGGCCUGUCCUCCAGCCAGUUGACCUCCGCGACAAGAUAUGGCUUUGUCCGGACAAUACCAGUGAUGCGGAAGCGUUCUUGGCCUUUGCAGAUGAGGAAGAACCGGUCAUCAACGAGGCGCUCGUGUUUGAUGAUCUCGCCGACGCAACCCACUUCGGCAGUUCCGGUGACCGCAUCGAAGUAGGUUACACCGAAGCGGAGGUCGGUCUGGAGAAGGAUGUGCAUCAUAAUGCGGUAGCGAAACUCGAAGAUCUGCAAUGGAAGAAUGGCACCGAGGAAGAGAACCAAUGGCAGAAGGAACAGAGGCAGCUCCGCGACGUCAUCGGAUUUAGGUGGAUUCGUGUGAUGCUUCUCAGGGAAAGAAGAGGCGAAACACCAGAAAGGAUGAAGGGAAAAGAGAGACUCUGAUUUUGAUUUUGAUUUUGGAGAGAAAGAAUAAGAAGGAUGAUCUGAUUGGUUUUUAGGGUUUUUAAUUUGAAAAGGAAAUGAAAGGAGAAACGAAGAAAACUGUGAUUUUUGGGGAAUUUGAUUGAAAAUGGAAAAGAGAAAAUAAAUUUUUAUGUGGCCCCAUUAAAAGGAGAAACUAUGAAGAUGAUAAACUGACUUGUAAAAAAAUGUCACCGUAAAA